AGUGAGCUUUUCUUCAUGCUAGCACUUGGUCAACAAGUUUCCUCCUCCCUCUCUCUCUCUUCUGAGGAAUAAUCACGGACUGAGGAAACUUGCGCAAACUUCGCUCCAGAGACUGAGUGUAAUAAUGGCUGGAUGUGUGAGCAUAAGUUUGCUGAAUUCUUUGGUCAGGAGAAAUGUUAUCUUUAUGAACACGAAAUGUUUGCGCAAAAGUGUUGUGUUGGUCUCACGGUGUCACGUGAGGUCUCUGUCCAGCAGCAGCAGCAUCAGCGCGGCUCAAGCCGACCUCAGCUCGCAUCUCGCUGGAAAGACCUAUGCAGAUUUAUAUGAACUGUCAGUUAGAGACCCAGAAACUUUCUGGGGAUCCAUCGCCAGGGAAAGGCUGACAUGGACUAAACUUUUCGAUCAAGUGACAGACUGCGAUCUCUCAAGCGGAAAAAUCAACUGGUUUCUUGGAGGGCAACUGAACGUCUCUGUGAACUGUUUGGAUGUACACGUGGCAAAGGAUCCAGACAGAGUGGCCUUGAUUUGGGAGAAAGAUGAACCUGGCACAGAAGAAAGGAUCACAUACAGGGAGCUUCUGGAGAUGACCUGUCGCCUUGCCAACACUUUAAAGAGUUAUGGCAUCCAGAAGGGAGAGCGGGUGGCCAUCUACAUGCCUGUGUCUCCUAUGGCAGUAGCAGCCAUGUUGGCCUGUGCCCGUGUCGGUGCCGUACACACUGUGGUGUUUGCAGGGUUCAGCUCAGAGGCUCUUGCUGGCAGAAUUCAGGAUGCCCAGUGCAAGUUUGUCAUCACAUGCAACCAAGGUGUGAGGGGCGGCCGUAUCUUCGAUCUGAAGUCCACGGUGGAUAAAGCAGUGAAGAGCUGUCCAUCUGUCCGGCAUGUGUUUGUGGCCAAGAGAACUAACAAUAGCGUGCCAAUGGGCAAACUAGACAUUUCACUAGAUGAGGUGAUGGGGGGACAGUCUCCAGUGUGUGCUCCAGAGCCCAUGGACAGCGAGGAGAUGCUGUUCAUGCUGUAUACCUCAGGCAGCACGGGUAAACCCAAGGGCAUCGUGCACACACAGGCCGGUUACCUGCUCUAUGCUUCCCUCACACAUCAGUAUGUGUUCGACUACAGACCUGGAGAUGUGUUUGGCUGUGUUGCUGACAUCGGUUGGAUUACGGGUCACAGUUAUGUGGUGUACGGACCCCUGUGUAACGGAGCCACGUCUGUUCUAUUUGAGAGCACACCUGUUUACCCCAAUCCAGGUCGUUACUGGGAGACAGUUCAGAGGUUAAGAAUAAAUCAGUUUUAUGGAGCUCCUACUGCCAUCAGAUUACUUCUGAAAUAUGAGGAAAACUGGGUGAAGAAAUAUGACAGGUCAUCACUGAAGACACUCGCAUCUGUUGGAGAACCCAUUAAUCACGAGGCAUGGGAAUGGUUCCAUAAAGUGGUUGGGGAUGGACGGUGCCCUCUGGUGGACACAUGGUGGCAGACAGAAACUGGUGGAGUGUGUAUCGCUCCACUCCCAGCUGAACCGGGAGCAGAGAUCCGGCCUGCUAUGGCUAUGAGACCCUUUUUUGGGAUCCAGCCGGCACUAUUUGGGGAGAAGGGACAAUUAAUAACAGGCAAUGAUGUCAGUGGAGCUCUGUGCAUCAGCCAGCCUUGGCCUGGAAUGGCCAGAACCAUAUUUGGAGACCACCAGAGAUUUGUGGAUGCAUAUUUUAAACCAUACCAAGGUCAGUAUUUUACGGGUGAUGGGGCGUACCGCACUGAAGACGGUUACUACCAGAUCACAGGACGCAUGGAUGACGUCAUUAAUAUCAGUGGGCAUCGGCUGGGCACAGCUGAGAUAGAAGAUGCACUGGAUGAACAUCCAGAUGUUCCUGAGACCGCAGUGAUCGGAGUUCCCCAUGAGAUCAAAGGAGAAGUUCCAUUUGCGUUUGUGGUUUUAAAAGAAUCUGCUACUGACAACCAGCGUGCUGUUGUGGAAGACCUGAGACACCUAGUGGCUACCAAAAUAGCUAAAUAUGCUGUCCCAGAUCAUUUCCUGGUUGUGAAGCGACUUCCUAAAACACGCUCUGGAAAAAUCAUGAGGAGAAUCUUGCGAAAGGUCGCCAUGCAGGACACGAGCAACCUGGGGGACGUCUCCACACUGGACGACCCCUCCGUCGUUUCAGAGAUCAUUGAGGCCCAUAAACACUACAGAAGUCGUGCAGCUAAGAAGUAGAAAAAGACUGUUGGGAUGUUGCAACGUUUAUUUUGAGGAACUAUGAAUACAAAACUGUGAUGACAGGAAAUCAUGUAAAUGUGAGUGUGCCGUGUGUUAGGAACACAGAAGGCAUAAAUUGCAGAUUAAAUGCUCUCAUAUGUAGUAAAACACACUCAUGAAUCCCACCUGAACUGGAUAUUAGCCCCUCCAUUAGACUGUUAGUUAUCAUUUGAGGGUUGCACACUUGGACAAACCUCUUUUAAAACAUUAAUUAUGAAGCAUUUUGCACAGUGUUCUUCCUGUAGCCAGAGACUAGCUGAGAUUUGCUCUGUACGUCAGUAUUUUUUGCUUACGAGAUGAUUUUAUUUUAUUUUAAGUGCUCAAUCAGUCUGUUUCAUUAAAUCUCACCUCUC